AUGCCUCCCUCCGACCAUAAAGCCUCUCACAACAAGGCUUCAAAGCGUGCGCAAAGACAAACAGCAAAACCUAGUUAUUACGAAGGAGAGUCGUCUGACGUUGACCAAACUCAAGACCAUGACAAUAUGAUGCACGACACGGUCUUAGACGGCAAUGACUCACAGUUUGGAAUAGAAACGUUGAAACCUGAUGAAGAUGAGAUUACAAAAGGAAGCAAAGUUGAACGUGAGGAAAAUGAAACCUCAACAGGCAUGCUGAGCACUGGUGCAUCAAUUGACCACGAGACAUUAAAAAGUCGACAAAAUGUAUUAGGACGGCUUAAUUACUUAAAUUCGGAGUUUAAUAAGAAAAAGGACGAGAUAUACACAGAAAGAUUAAAGCAUCUUGACGAAGAGAUAAAAGCAGUUCGAGAAGGCACACAUCCCGAGUUUGAAGAACGUUUACAACAAAUUAUUGACAAGCGUGAACGAGCAAUAGAAUCACACGCAUUAGCAUUGAUCUAUCGGCGGCAAUGCAUACAAAAAGAGUUUGAAGCAGAAACACUACGCGUAGAUGAAUAUUAUCAAGCACAACGCCAAUUGGUGAACGACAGAUUAAUAACAGAUAUCGAAGAAAAAAAGCGAAAGCUCGCUGAAGAUUAUGAAAGUUAUGACAUAAACAAUGACACUGCAAUGGAAGGCACUCUGCGUGGUCACCCGCAACGAAG